AUGGAGACUGUUUUUAUUACAAUUCAUGAUCUGUCCUUGGACGCCCGCAUGAAAUACUGUUCCGACUCAAUCGAGGACAUCCUGGGAUACCUACCAAAUGAGGUCGUCGGCAGAUCUUGUUGGGAGUAUUUCCAUCCAGAUGAGAUACCGUUCGCACGGGAAAUUCAUGGCCGCGGCAUCAGUCUUGAUAAGGCGGCUGUGCUGAACUAUUGCCGAAUCCGGCACAGGGACGGCUCUUGGAUUGGUUGCGAAUGUGUCUUCACUGUUGUUCACGAUGUGCUUGUCGCUAGUACGGCGAUUUACCGAAGAGGGCCAAAAGCUCGUCAACGCGCACUGGACGGUGCGGGAAUCCGUCGCAUCUUCUCAUCUUCACCUCGAGAUCCUCGUUAUCACAUGUUGUCCUACUUGUCGAACAAAUUCUAUCAAGAACCUUCUGCUCACCUCCCCGAACCGAGAGCGGCUCUUUUUCUCAAUCGUUUCACUCGCACUUCGACCAUCAUGUACGCCACAAACGGUGUUUCCAGCAUUUUGGGUCUCCAGCCAAGCGAUAUGGUUGGGAAGAGUUUUUAUGAAUGCAUCGAGGCCAAUUGUCUGCAAGAUGCAAUUAAAUGCCUUGAGAGCGCAAAAGCAAACGACUCAAUAGCCUAUCUGCGAUUCUGGUAUCGCAAUCCUUUGCGACAGACUAACGGCGCCCAUUCGGAUAUCAUGCCGGACGACGAGAGUGAUGAAGACGAGGAGGGCGGUGUACGUCUACGAACGGGUGUAAGGUCUGAAUCAAGCGUCUCCAUGACGGAUGCCUCGACCCCCCGUGCCAAUGAGCGGACCAAUCAUGUCGAUAACGGCGAUACCUCAGGAAACUCAGUACAUGGUGGAAGGCGUGGUCAACCCACUGCUCAUUCACAGACAACGCAAUCAGACUCCCACUUGGAGCCACCCAUGCCUGACGGCAACGUCCAUCGGACAAGCUCGGACGUCAGCACCUUUACUGAAGGAAAUGCAUCGGAUGGCGUCUUUGACCGUCCCAUAACAGAGCGAAGAGAAUCGUCGCAAACGCCACCCGAAGACAUUGAGCCCGAACAUGUAGAGAUUGAGGCCGUCGUGUCUUGCUCGUCCGAUGGACUGGUGGUUAUCUUGCGCCGUGCAAGACCUCUGGUCCCUCACACCCUCGGCGCCACAGAGGCUCCUUACUAUGCGAAUGGACUUUUCGCCUCACCCUGGGCGCCGGAACCGCUGUUACCUCAGGCCAUGCAAGAGGCGCCUAUGGCUUCUUCAGGAGCUGGGUCGGGAGCCACCCGAACCGACAACUCUGAUCCAGGUUUUAUGGCUGCCAUCAGAGAUGUGGCAGUGUUUGCAUGGUCACUUACUGGUAUCAACGGUUCGUUGGCACAGUAUGCUCACGGCCAUGCGUCUGGGGAAGCACUCCCUCUCGGUUUGCCUGUCUGGGAUCCGAAUGCAAAGGUCGACGAGCAGAGCAACGAACUCUACAAUGGAUUCUUGGGCAGUGCUCAUCGCUCAUUUGAGGGCAUGGACGAGCCUGCCAAAAUCGAGAGAGACAACGAUUCUACUAGCAGUGAGGAUGAAGUUGUCUGGAAACGAACGGCGGAAAUGCCCCCCUGGAGGCGGCCGAAGAGAAGGGCCCAUGAAGAUGCAUUUGGCUCUGAUGGACAUGAUGGCAUCGACGGUCAGAACGAAGACGGUGGGCGCAAGAGAGCCACCAGGUCGUACACCGGCUCUGGAUCCGCCUCGGCGUCUUCUGGAUUAGGAUCAGGUUCAGGGCCAUCGACCGGGUCAGGCUCAGGUUCGGGAGCUGGCUCUGCUACUGAUUCUGUUUAA